UGUCAUUAAAGUGAUUGUUUUUGUUUCGCCCCACGAAAAUUUUGAUAAGAUCCGACGAAAAACUUGUUUAAUUCGUGAAAAGUGCAUAAAUUUUCACUGAACACCGGAUUGCUUCCCACAAGCCAACAUGUCUCUCCUGUGCAACACCGGAGAUUGGUUCACGCUGGGCCAGAAAAACUCGUACAGGAAAAUCGACCUGUACAGCAUGGACUGGCCGGCGACCAUCAACCUGGAGCAGAUGACCGUGCACGCCGCCUCGUACGGUGGCCCGGUGGCGCUGGUCAAGGACUUUAAGCAGUUCCUCAAGCUGUCCGGGUCGGGUUCGGCCAAACCGGUCAUUCGGAUUUUCAACUGCGCCGGGAAGCUCAUCUCGUCGAUUAAUUGGGACAACGGCAACCUGGUUUGCAUGGGCUGGUCCGAUGCGGAGGAAUUUCUGUGCGUACAGGACGAUGGUUUUGUGGUUAUCUACGACAUGUUUGGCAAUUUCCAACAUAAAUUCAGCAUGGGAAAGGACGUUACGGAGGUGAUUGAUGCCAAGAUUUUUGCGUCCAGUUCGGGGACCGGUGUGGCCGUUAUUACGGCCAGCCACAAGAUUUACAUCGUCAAUAGUAUCAAGGAUCCAAAGUCGCGACCACUAUCGGAACUGUUGUCCUUGCCAACGGGACUCACCAGCUGGGAACUGGUCUCGCAAGAGCGUACCACGUGCUGCUUGCUGUCCCGUGAUACGGAAAUCAUAUUAGCCAGACACGGCGAAAGUGCCCCUCUGACUCACGUCAUUACCAUGAAGAGCGAUUUCAGCAGCAUAAUUCUCAUGGCCGUCUCGUUUAAUCACCGACACUUGGCACUGUACACAAAUACCGGAGUUAUUUGGAUGGGAUCGGCUGAUCUCAAGACCAAGUACUGUGAAUAUGCAACUGGACGCACCGAACGGCCACAGCAGAUCGCUUGGUGCUGUGACGAAGACCCAACUCCGGACAAUCAAGCGGUCGUGGUCAGCUACGCUUCGAUGGUUCUGGUGGUCGGCACGACCGGAGACUCAAAUAUUUACACGUACGAUUCCCCCAUGGUCCUAAUUCAAGAAAUGGACGGAGUUCGCAUCCUGACCAACGGAUAUCACGAGUUAAUCCAGCGCGUGCCGCGAUGUACCAGCAACAUCUUCGGCAUCGGAAUCUCCGAACCGGCAUCGUUCCUUUUCGAAGCGCACCGCAAGUUCCAGGAGCGCAGCCAUCAGUCGGACGAAUAUCUCUGCCUGAUUCGGGACCGGCUGGCAUCGGCGGUGGCGGAGUGCGUGCAGGCCGCUGGCCAGGAAUUCGAUACCCAUACCCAGAAGAGUCUGAUCAGAGCGGCUUACUUUGGGAAGGGGUUUCUUUCCGGGUACAAUCCCGAGGAGUACAUCGAAAUGUGCCGUGUGCUGCGGGUGUUGAAUGCGCUGCGCGAUCGGAACGUCGGUAUGCCGCUUACAUUGAGACAAUUCAACUUUCUACAACCGUUGGUGAUUCUUGAUCGGUUGAUUUUCCGCAAACACUACGGACUGGCAAUCCAGGUGGCUAAACAUCUAAAACUUCCAGAAUCGCGUAUUCUAGAGCACUGGGCAUUCCACAAAAUUGUGCACGAUAAGAACGAGGAAGAGGUCGCUCGCAAGAUUUCCGAAAAGUUCCUCUCGCACCAGACGCGCACCGAGCGCAUCUCGUUUGCGAACGUGGCCAAAAAGGCCCAACAGGUGGGCAAAACGAAGCUGGCCAUCACGCUGCUGGAGCUGGAACCACGCAAAAGCCUCCAGGUUCCGCUGCUGCUCAAGUUGGGCGCCAACGAAAAGGCGUUGAUGGCCGCCACCCAGUCGGGCGAUACCGACCUCAUCUACAUGGUGAUACUGGAAAUGAAGAGCACCACGGCGCUGGCCAAGUUCCAGAUGACCAUUCGUCGGUUUCCGCUGGCGCAGAAUCUGUACAAAAAGUACUGCCAAGCAAACAGUUUGUCCACGUUGAAGGAUAUCUACUCGCAGGAGGAUGACUUCCAGUCGCAAGCGGAACUGGGUCUGCGGGAAGCGCUGGAGAUUAACAAUGUCGAGGUAUCAAUUCCGGACAUUAGUGGAAACUACAAGAAAGCCAACAAGACGCUGGAAACGGAAGCUUGCGACGAGACGAAGAAACUCAUGAAGCAUCAGAAGACGUUGGACGAAAAGUACCAAAAGCGACUGUACGGAUUGCCGUUGCAUGCUACGAUUCGGCAGUUGCUACUGCUUGGGGACAUAAAAUAUGCCGAACGAUUGAAGAGCGAGUUCCGCGUGCCGGACCGGCGCUUCUGGUGGCUCCGCAUACAGGUUCUCUCGCAGCAGUUCCAGUGGGACGAGCUGGAAAAGUUUGCAAAGUCGAAGAAAAGUCCCAUCGGCUAUGAACCGUUUGUGGAGGUUUGCUUGGCCCAGGGAAAAAUUGACGAGGCGAAAAAGUAUUUGCCCCGGUGCGGGGAGGAAAAUAAGAUCAAGUGGUAUCUGCGCGCCGGUUGCCACGUGGAAGCGGCCACCAUCGCGUACGAGCAAAAGGACAUCGACAGCUUGCUGAAGAUUUACGACUGCUGCUCGAACGAUCCCGCACUGUUGGCCAAGGUGGAGAAUCUGAUCGGGCAGCUGUCGAGCAAAAAGUGAUUGUUGUUGCGCGGUAGGGCGAGGCGGGAUUUGUAACGUUUGAAAA